AUGGCAGGUGCAGCAAGGAAGGCUAAGGAAAAGGACUUACUUGAUUUUAAAGAACUGAGUUUUUCAGUCUACAAAGGAAGUUCCUAUCAGACUACCAUGAGCAAAGGUAUUGUCAUAGAGGCCUUACUCUGUCUGUGCUUAACAAGAGUUAAACAUGUUGGCCGUCAUUGCCUCCGUGCCCAGCUUAGUCCUCAGCUCUGUAUCAAAAAUGCUGUUCCUUUGGGAACCACGGCCAAAGAAGAGAUGGAGCGGUUCUGGAAUAAGAACAUGGGUUCAAACCGUCCAUUGUCUCCCCAUAUCACUAUUUACAGUUGGUCUCUUCCCAUGGCGAUGUCUAUUUGCCACCGUGGCUCUGGUGUUGCCUUAAGUGCAGGAGUCUCUCUUUUUGGCUUGUCUGCCCUGUUGAUCCCUGGGAACUUUGAGUCUCAUUUGGAACUUGUGAAGUCCCUGAGUCUGGGUCCAGCAUUGAUCUACACAGCUAAGUUUGCACUUGUCUCACCUCUCAUGUAUCACACCUGGAAUGGAAUUCGACACUUGAUGUGGGACCUAGGAAAAGGCCUGAAGAUUCCCCAGCUGUACCAGUCUGGAGUAGUUGUCUUGGUUCUCACUGUAUUGUCCUCUGUAGGACUGGCAGCCAUGUGAAGAGCUGAGGUUCUCAACAUC